UAUAUAGAACCCCCCUCCGCUUUGUGCUCGGAAGCCUAAAAGGGAAAGCAUUAAACGGCUCUGGUUCAUUGCCGUUACGUUCUCCCUCAUCUCCCUUACGGCUGUCUAGACUCUACAGUCCCCUGAACCCCUGGUUCUCCUGCAAACGGCGUUAAUUGCUCCGAGUAUCUACCCUUGCCUGCCGUUAUCUCUGAAGUUUCGUUGCUCUUCGACUUAACCGCCGUUAUCGCCACCGUUAUUUCUCUUCUUCUCCUUUAGAUCAGCCGUCAUCGUCUCGACCUGCUAUUUGACGGUGGAUAGAUAUCAGUUAGGGUUCCGUUACCAUGAAUUCGGCCCUGGAUCGCAUAAUCCACCAUUUACUUGAGGAGAGCGACGAUCCCUCAUUCCCUUUCUUGGCCAACUCGCCUCCUGAUUCUUCUAUCACUGACGCCGAAACGUCGCUGGAAUCUAACCACUUUUCGCCGGAGUCUUCCCAUAUCUCCCCUGAAUCCUCCAAAUUCUCGCCGGAAUCCUCCCAUAUUUUGCCGGAAAAUUUCUCUGCGAGCAAAAAGCGGCGAUCCGAGUACUCGGACUCCGGUUGUAAGAGCAGCCUCGAGGAGGAGGACGAGGAGGAAGAGGAGAGAUUCAUCCAGAGCGCGCUGGCCAUUGAUUUGCCGGGUAUUCAAGGAUCGUUAACGCAUGCGCCGGAAGCUGGCCAAAACCGGCUGGGAGCCAGGGCGGGUGGUCGAAACCGGCCAGUGUGCCGCUUUCCGGGAUGGGUUGAGGAGAAAAAGCGGUUUAAGGCAUCGGAUUCGGUAUCCUUGCCCAACAAAACCGGUCUCCAGUCCGGUUUUCGGUUCAGGAGUCCGAUUGGAGAGGAAACCGGUUCGAGUUUUUGCCUUGGCCCCUGGUUUUCAGGGGAUUGGGAUAAGCUUCCCUUAAAUGUAAAUGACUCGGACGAAAUGGUCUUGUACGGCAUAUUAGAAGAAGCGGCCUCUCUCAAAAUCGACUCGAGUACAAAAAAGUCGGCUCACACUUUAAACGUCUCGACUCUUGCCUCAGAAGACUCGGGCUCAUCUGUGGAAGGCAAAGCUACGCCUAUGAAGGAAUUGGCCGUAAAUGUAAAAGACUCGGGUCCAGCUUCAAGAGCAUCAAACCCGGCUCCGAGUUCAAAGCCGUCGGGUCUAAAAAAGGGGAGACAUUACAGGGGGGUACGAGAGAGACCGUGGGGUAAGUUUGCGGCUGAGAUCCGUGACUCGGCUCGCCACGGUGCUAGGAUUUGGCUGGGUACGUUUAACACGGCUGAGGAAGCGGCUCUGGCGUACGACCAAGCCGCGUAUAAAAUGCGUGGCUCUAGAGCGCUAUUGAACUUCGCUCUGGACCCGGCUCUUGCCAAGCCAAUCGCCCCUUGAAGUCUUGACCCGAGCCGAGUCAUAAGUUUUAUCGAAAUCAUUGGUGGACAGCCUGGGUCUUUCAAUCUCGGGGGCUAUUGAAUGGACGGUCUAGAUUGACCGAGCAUGCUGGUCAUAGAAUGGACAGCCAAGAUCUUCCGAUCUUGCUGCUCAUUGAUUGGACAGGCUGGAUUAUCAAAGCUCUUCCAAUCGUGGGAAUCAUUGAACAUGUGGUCUAGAUGCGAGUCUGGAGAUGACAGCCAGAUUCGGCCUGUUGAAGCCGACUUUGCACUUCUGGAUCAGUCUUCAUACAUGUGAACUACAUAGCUGGGGAAUCGCACGUGUAUAGAGUAAUUCGACCCUUGUGAACAUGGGAAAGAUUUCUAUGUUGCUAACGAAUUGAGUGUUGUUAAACCUAAUUAAUUAAUUGUGAAUAGAAUUGGGUUUGUAAUUAUAAAGCACAGUGGAUGAAAUUCUUUCUUUGCAAUUAUUAAUCAAAUAAAGUAUUUUUUUCUAAUCUC